AUGGGUUCAUCUAGUCGACAUGGCAAAGGCCUUGCCUUUCCUGUGGACUCUCGGAGCUUCUUCAAGAUAGUCUUGUCAAAGGAUGUUCUUAAAUUUCCAGAGAGUGUUGUGACAAAGUAUGGAGAUUGUCUAGGAGACACUGUCUUUCUCAAGGUUCCAAAUAACGCGGUAUGGCCCACAGAGCUGACAAAGCGUAAUGGCCAGGUUUGGUUACAACAGGGCUGGUCAAACUUCGCAGAUUUUUACUCACUAGCCUUUGGCUACGUAUUGCUCUUCAGCUAUGAAGGGAAUCACUCUCAUUUCCAAGUAAGGAUUUUCAUGAGGUCUCCUUUAGAGAUAGAUUAUUUCGGUUCAAGUGUUAAAGAAGAAGACAACUUAAAUGGUGAGAUGGAUUAUUCAAACUCGCCCAAGUCCCCUGCCUCUCUGAUGAAUGCUCCAAGCUUCUUUAAGAUUGUCUUGGGAAGGACACUUCAAGAUGGGAAGCUCGAAAUUCCAAUUAUUGCUGUGCAUACGUAUGGAGAUUAUAUGGCAGACACAGCGUACUUUAACGUUCCAGAUGGAUCAAUUUGGCCCAUUGAAUUGACUAGGCGUGAUCGGGAGAUUUGGUUAGGAAGGGGCUGGCCACAAUUCGCAAAGUCUUACUCCCUAGAAGAUGGAUGCUUCUUGGUGUUCAGCUAUGCAGGGAAAUGUUCCCAUUUCCAGCUUCGCAUUUUUAGAAAGAAUACUUUAGAGAUGGAGUAUAACAGUUCAAGUGACGAUACCGAAGGCAAUUCUAACGCAAGUGGUGAUCAAACUGAAGGAGAAAAGAGGACACAUGGUGGUGAUGGAGGAAAGACUGCUUCACACAAAUCAUCGGAGGUUGAUUUGAGAACUGCUAAACUUGAAAGUUUGAAAGGUAGACCCUUUGCCAAAGCUAGCAGUUUCAAAUACGACAAUCCAUUUACUGUGAUCAGAAUGCAACCAUCAUAUGUUCUAAAUCACUUGAGAAUCCCGUCAUCCUUUGUCAUGAAACAUAUCCCUUCAGAUGGCGAAUGCAAUGUGACCCUACAGAUUUCAGAUAAGAAAACUUGGUCUGUGAGGUGCUUGAUCGAUGUAUACGGUGGUCGGUUAAGUGCAAGAUUACAUCAUCAUGGCUGGCAAGCAUUUGUGAGGGACAAUCAACUGGAAGAAGGGGAUGCUUGUGUGUUUGAGUUGAUAGAAAAGGCUCCUAAAAUUAAACUCAGAGUUCGAAUAUUCCGAGAUAAAGAUCAAGUUUGA